AUGCAUGGUUUUGUGAAGGUUAUCUUGGGAGCUCUGGUCGAUGCUCUUGACGGACCGCCACUCUAUGCCCCACCUAGGAAGGAGGCAUCCUCAUCGAGUCUCAGCCCCUACAACGGGGGUCGGUACGAGAGUGAGACGCAACAACCAAACUUUCCCAAGAGGAGGAGGCUUGGGAUGCGCACCUCCGCACCUCCCGCGACGGAAGUCCUUAUUGUCGAUAAGCAUAUCGACGUAGCUACCUAUGUGAGGGAGAACGAUGAGGAAGAUGAGGAAGAUCCUCUUGAAGAUGAGGAAGAACCUUUUGAAGAUGAGGAGGAUCCCAUGGAGGAAGAGGAUGACCCUGACAAGGAUGAAGAACCCCUUGAAAGGGAGAUUGAAGUUGAAAGCGAGGGAGGGGCGAAUGUCGAGAGAGCACCCGAGGAGUAG